AUGAAUGACUCGUUUUUGGAAAAUAAUGACGCAGAAAAGUUUAAGAAUGAAUAUUUGGAAUGUUCCGAAAACUUUACCAAUGCUUUUCUGGAGACACAGCAAGCAAAAAUCAAUAUAAAUAACAAGAAAGCUAUCUGGAAUGAGACUGUCAACAAGAUCAACGAAGCUGAAAAUCAACUAAAGGCAAUGAAUGAUCCAUACCAACUUUUCGAGGAAAAAAUGGAGCAAUCUUAUGUCAGUGUUGAAAUAUAUCACCGAUGA